AUGCGUGCAGCUUUUAUGUUCCUUUCUGCGGGCAUUUGGCUCGUCAGCACCGUCGCAGCGGUGCCAACCGGGACGUCACCCGUUCGAGACCAACCACUCAACGACUUCCUUUCCUCUGUGGGCGUCGAUCGGUCCUCUCUACCAAGCAAUGUUCGUACGCUCAACACUUGCGUCUUAGCAUGCACCAUCCUAUCGGCCGCCUACCGGGACGCCCUGGUGACCCCACGCAGCAACGCAACUCGCUACGAGCAGGAGGCCGAGGCCUUUUGGUCGGCGAGCGCUCACAAGGAACCGACAUGCCUUUUCACCCCCAGAUCUAUCGGUGCCCUUCGGACUGCGGUCUUGACGGCCCGGUUCUCGCGGUGCCAGUUUGCGGUCCGCAGUGGAGGCCACUCGCCGUUCCCUGGGUUUGCGGGCAUCGAUGACGGUCUGUUGAUCUCCAUGUCUGGGUUCACUGAUAUUCGCUACCACCAAGGCACCCAGGUCCUCCGCUCCGGGAUGGGUAACCGGUGGGGUGACAUCUAUGCGCACUUGGCCCCCUUGGGCCGCAUCGUGGUCGGUGGUCGGCUCAACGAUGUCGGUCUGGGUCUGGCCACGGGUGGUGGUCUCUCUCAUCUUUCCUCCGCACACGGCUGGGUGUCUCAGAACGUGAUCUCCUACGAAGUGAUGCUGGCCGACGGCCGCCACGUUAAGGCCAGUGCAACUGAGAACCCCGAUCUGUAUCACGCCGUCAAGGCGGCCAACAACAACUUUGGUAUUGUAACGCACAUCAACCAGCGGACCUAUCCGAUGGGCAAAGUUUGGGGCGGCACUGUCGUCUACUCAGGGGCAUACGCAGAAGACUUUAUGGCCGCCAUGGCCGACUAUCAGCAGGUCGGCCAGCUUGACACCAAGUCCGGUAUUCUUCCUUACCUAGCCGUCACCAACGACACCAUACUGUCCACGUUUGUCUACUUCGACGACGUGGUAAGGCCUGCAGCUUUCGCACCGUUCUACGAGAUCCCGAGCAUCUUCGACGGCACACAGGUAUAUGACAGCUUCUACGACUUUGCAAACGGCGAUAGGGACGCAUACGUCGGGCUGGUUUCCGUCCUGUCCGAGUUUGUUGCUCGCGUGCAAAGCGUCACCAGCGGCACGUUGGCGUUGAUGGCGCAGCCGAUUUCCCAGAGCAUGGUGGACGAGUCCCUAGCGAGGGGCAGUGACCCCAUGGCUGUCACAGCACAAGCGCAGCUAUGGGCCGCUAUCAACAUCGGCUGGUCACAAGAGAGCGACGACGCAACCGUGAACGAAAUCCUCGUGGACUGCCUUGCGGCUGUGGAUGCGUACGCUGUGGCACAAGGAGUCUUUGACUCGUUCAGGUUCAUCAACGAUGCUUCGCCUCAUCAGCAGCCUCUGCAGAGCUUUGGCACACAGUCCUAUAACAGUCUUAGGUCUGCAAGCCAACGGUACGAUUCCAGUGGCUUGUUCCAAAAGCUCGUACCCGGAGGCUUCAAGUUGUCGUGA